CUUGUCAGUCACUUGAAAAUAAAAAAAAAGGUGUGCAAAUCUUGUGCAAAUUACCGAUGGGUUGAAACUUGAGACGUGAAAAUGAGAUUUGUGUAUUAAAAAAAAUUCAAAUAAAAAAAUAUUCGAUUUGGAAUAUCUUAAUAUGAUAUUCCAAUACUUGACGAUUUAUUUCAGCGUAUUUAUUUGGACCGUAAAGGCCUUACCCUCCGAUGAAGGCAAAUGGAACUAUAAUUUAACCUCUACAGACAAGAGUAUAUAUCUGUCGAAGAGUUUGUUCAAAGGUUCUCAAGUAUACAUUAGAAGUGAGUAUGAUCAUUCAAAAACAAAUCAAAUAAAAAAUAAAUUUUUGUAUCCUUUUCCUUCUUCAGUAAAUUGUGACUCAAAAAAUCAGAAUUCUAAAGUUGGAUUGAAUUUGGCAAUUAUACAGUCGCCCUGUUGGGAUACCACAGAUACAUAUAAUUUAAUCAGGAAGGAGUUGGCAAUAAAUUCUGCUUUCCUGAACACUUCAAAAGUCUAUCAUGAUAGUGGACUCUAUGACUGCAAUGACCAUUUUUUCUUCAGAGAGAGUGAACCAACCACUAAUAAGCCCCCAGGACUAUUUGAUAAAAAGCCCUUACAUAUCAUUAACAAUGAUGGAAUAUAUGUUUUGGGACUUAUAUUAACAACAAAUACAUCUGAUAGUACCAUAGGGGUACAAGUAGAGAUGAAAAGUGAUUAUGGCUACCUUUCAGCUGCUGAUUGGCCUUUCCUACCAUUUUAUGGAUUUAUGUGUGGCUAUUAUGUUAUUCUGGGUCUGCUGUGGCUCUUGCUCUCAUUCUUACAAUGGAGAGAUUUGUUAAGAGUACAGUUCUGGAUAGGUGGUGUUAUCCUGUUAGGGAUGUUGGAGAAAGCUACAUUCUAUGCUGAAUAUCACAGUAUCAACAGUACAGGAGUGAGGGUACAGGGAGCCAUGCUCUUUGCAGAAUGGGUAUCAUGUGCUAAGAGAACACUAGCACGGAUGUUGGUAAUCAUAGUGAGCUUAGGAUUUGGUAUAGUGAAACCAAGAUUGGGAGCAACCCUACAUAGAGUAGUUGGUGUUGGACUUUUGUAUUUCUUCUUGGCAGCUUCAGAGGCUUACCUAAAGAACACCAAUGACAAGAGUGACCCUUCCAGAGAUAUCUUGGUGGCCUCAGUGCCCUUGGCAGUGUUGGACUCUGCAAUAUGCUGGUGGAUAUUCUCUGCAUUGGUCAACACAACAAGAACUCUGAGACUGAGGAGGAAUGAAACCAAGCUCAAUCUGUACAGGCACUUUACAAAUACCCUUAUAUUCUCGGUUGUGGCGUCAGUGUUCUUCAGGUUGUACUGCAUCAAGGUGCACCACUUUGUAGACUGUCUAACAGUUUGGAAAGAUCUGUGGAUUGAGGAAGCCUACUGGCACAUUCUCUUCUCUCUGCUGUUGUUGGUUAUCAUGAUAUUGUGGCGACCCACAAACAAUAACCAGCGCUAUGCUUUUGUGCCAUUACUGGAUACUGGAGAUGAUGCUGAUGAGGAGGAACAUCUAGUCAAUGAUGCCUAUGGUGUUAAAGUGAGAGUACAUCACCCCAAAAGUUCCACUCCUCCCAGGGCUUCUGUGGAAGAUGACCUUAAAUGGUUGGAGGAGAACAUCAAGAGUGACCCUGCCCUUCCAAUCUUGGAUUCAGAUGAGGAACUGGUCACCACUAGAUUUGAGGUGUCAAAAAUGCAGUAGAGCAUUGAGAUUUUAUUAUUGCAACUGUGCAGUAGCACAAAGCCAGAAUUCUAUCUGCCAUUUCUUCUCUGAAGACUAGAAACACCCCCAACUUCAUCAAAAACAUGAUCAGGGUGUUCAGGUUGAGUGCUUUGAAUAAUUAGUGAAUUAAUCUUCAAUUAUGUUCACUGAUGUUUUGUUUUCAUGUGAUAUGUCCUUCAAAUACAAGGUGAUCCAGUUUUUGUAGAGGGACUUUUGAAAAUUGAAAUGAAAUCUAUGUUUUGUUUCAACUUGAACAAACAGUUCCAUGGAUCAUGGAAGUGCCGCUACAAUAAAGUGUACCACCCUGUAUGAGAUGAAUCGUCAAGCUAUUAUAAAGCUGUUUCUUGUACUUACUGGUAUGUCAUUCAAUGCUAAAUAAAUAAUAUAAUGAAAUAAGAUAGCAUUUUAUAUUAGUUCAAUAAUGAUUAAUAAAGAGUUGUUGUACAAGUAACUGG